CCUUGCAGGCCCCUGCCCCCACCCCCUCGAGGCCGCUGGGUGGUUCAUGCGGAAGGUUAAGAAGCUGCGCCCCGACCACGAGGACACCGGACGUUGGAGGAGCUUUGCGCUGAAUUCCAACGGGGCGGCGAGGAUGGCCUCCGGGGAGUCGCCUGCAUCUGCUGUGUCAUCCUCCUCGACGGCUCCAUCAGCGGCGGGUUCAGAUCGGGCUGAGGAGGCGGCCGCGGUGGGGGAGCCAGGCACCUGCUUCCAGGUGCAGAAGCACUCAUGGGAGGGACUGCGGAGCAUCGUGCACGGCAGUCGCAAGUACUCAGGGCUCCUGGUCAACAAGGCGCCCCACGACUUCCGGUUUGUGCAGAAGACCGACGAGGCCGGGCCCCACUCGCACCGCCUGUACUACCUAGGAAUGCCUUACGGCAGCCGGGAGAACUCCCUGCUCUACUCGGAGAUCCCCAGGAAGGUCCGGAAGGAGUCCCUGCUGCUGCUGUCAUGGAAGCAGAUGCUUGAUCACUUCCAGGCCACGCCCCACCACGGCGUCUACUCUCGGGAGGAGGAGCUCCUGCGUGAGCGGAAGCGGCUGGGAGUCUUCGGCAUCACCUCGUACGACUUCCACAGCGAGAGCGGCCUCUUCCUCUUCCAGGCCUGCAACAGCCUCUUCCACUGCCGAGACGGGGGCCGAGACGGCUUCAUGGUGUCCCCCAUGAAGCCCCUGGAGAUCAAGACCCAGUGUUCAGGUCCCCGGAUGGACCCCAAAAUCUGCCCGGCGGACCCCGCCUUUUUCUCCUUCAUCAACAACAACGACCUGUGGGUAGCCAACCUGGACACUGGCGAGGAGAGGCGCCUGACCUUCUGCCACAGAGGUCUCUCCAAUGUCCUCGAUGACCCCAAGUCGGCCGGGGUGGCCACUUUUGUCAUCCAAGAGGAAUUCGACCGGUUCACUGGGUACUGGUGGUGCCCCACAGCCUCCUGGGAAGGGUCAGAAGGCCUCAAGACGCUCCGCAUCUUGUACGAGGAAGUGGAUGAGGCCGAGGUGGAGGUCAUCCACGUCCCUUCCCCUGCCCUGGAAGAGAGGAAGACGGAUUCCUAUCGCUACCCCAGGACCGGCAGCAAGAACCCCAGGAUUGCCCUGAAGCUGGCAGAAUUUCAGACGGACGGCCAGGGAAAGGUCGUCUCUGCCCAGGAGAAGCAGCUGGUGCAGCCCUUCAGCUCGCUCUUCCCCAAGGCCGAGUACAUCGCCAGGGCCGGCUGGACGCGGGAUGGCACCUAUGCCUGGGCCAUGCUCCUGGACCGGGCCCAGCAGCGCCUGCAGCUGGUCCUCCUGCCCCCGGCCCUGUUUGUCCCUGCCACUGAGAACCAGGAGCAGCAGGCAGCCUUCGCCAGGGCCGUCCCCCAGCACGUCCGGCCCUACGUGAUCUACGAGGAGAUCACCGACGUGUGGAUCAACGUGCACGACAUCUUCUACCCGUUCCCCCAGGCCCCGGGCUCGCAGGAGCUCUGCUUCAUCCGUGCCAACGAGUGCAAGACGGGCUUCUGCCACCUGUACCGGGUCAGCGUGCGGAUGGAGCCACGCAGCUACGACUGGGCCCAGCCCCUGCAGCCUGCGGAAGAUGAGUUCAAAUGUGCCGUCAAGGAGGAGGUUGCCCUGACCAGCGGCGAGUGGGAGGUCUUAGCCCGGCACGGCUCCAAGAUCUGGGUCAACGAGGAGACGAAGCUGGUAUACUUCCAGGCCACCAAGGACACGCCGCUGGAGCACCACCUCUACGUGGUCAGCUACGCGGCUGCUGGCGAGAUUGUGCGCCUCACCACACCCGGCUUCUCCCACAGCUGCUCCAUGAGCCAGCACUUCGACAUGUUUGUCAGCCACUACAGCAGUGUGAGCACCCCGCCGUGCGUGCACGUGUACAAGCUGGGCGGGCCCGACGAUGACCCCCUGCACAAGCAGCCGCGCUUCUGGGCCAGCAUGAUGGAGGCGGCCAGCUGCCCCCCGGACUACGUGCCUCCCGAGAUCUUCCAGUUCCGCACGCCCGCUGAUGUGCCGCUCUACGGCAUGGUCUACAAGCCUCACUCUGUGCAGCCUGGCAGGAAGCACCCCACUGUCUUAUUCGUGUAUGGGGGCCCCCAGGUGGGUGCGCGUCCACUCAGGCUGGGGCUCGGGGCCGGGGUGGGCGGCCAUGGCGGUGUGCCCAGAGGAGGUGCCGGAGCCGUGCGGCCUUGUCCUCAGGGCCAGGUGGAGAUCGAGGACCAGGUGGAGGGCCUGAAGUUCGUGGCUGAGAAGUACGGCUUUGUUGACCUCAGUCGCGUCGCCAUCCAUGGCUGGUCUUACGGGGGCUUCCUCUCACUGAUGGGGCUGAUCCACAGGCCGCAGGUGUUCAAGGUGGGUCCCGCCCAGAUGGGCCUCAGCCACGUGCUGCCUCCUAGCCCCUCGGAGUCCACCUGUCCACGGGGAGUGAGGGCAGGAGCAGACAGCAGGGAGCCCUGCCUGGUGACCCCGACCCGCCACCCCGACCCUCUCCCCAUCCUGCCUUCCAGGCCCAACCGCCUGCUCAUCCUCCACGGCUUCCUGGACGAGAACGUGCACUUCUUCCACACCAACUUCCUUGUCUCCCAGCUCAUCCGGGCAGGGAAGCCCUACCAGCUCCAGAUCUACCCCAAUGAGAGACACAGUAUCCGCUGCCCCGAGUCUGGCGAGCACUAUGAGAUCACACUGCUGCACUUUCUACAAGAGUACCUCUGAGCCCACCUGCCUGGCGCGACCGCCCGACUCAGAAGAGCACAAGUGGCUUUGCCACCACGGGAGCCGCCCCAUCCAAGAGCAGGCGCCUGGCACUGGCUGUUAGUGCCCCUGGAUGCUGGGGUUGCUGUUGCCUGCUGCUGCUGCUUCCUUGCCCGGGCAAAGGCCCAUGCCCCAGAGGCACCUUCCCCUGCCGUCCCCUCCGCUCCCCGAGUUCUGGAAGGACCCUGGAGAGGACAGGCGACCAGAAGACAAUGGGGAGAUGCCCAAGUCCCCCACUGCCAGCCCUAGCGCCCUGGUCCCUGAGCUCCAGCAGCAGCCCCUGCCAGCACUGGGCGGCCUCAGCCCCACCCCCACUGCAGGUCGGCGUUUUGUCAGGGAGGCUUUUUUUUCAUAGUUAUUUAAAAGACAAAACAGCAAGGGAUGCCCCAGGAACUCCACCUCUUCCAGAGUGCGGAGUGACCACAAGCAGCCAUCAGGGCCAGGGGUCAGGGUGUCUCCACGCCCUCCCCUCGGGCAGCGCUGACUGGGCUGGUGGCCUGAGCCCUGCAGAGCUUUUUGGGAAAUGGCUGUGCCUCCCCUCCCCAGCCCCGCCCUCCUGUGUAUGAUUCUGGGGCUGGGCAUGGCCACCACCCCCCACCUCAGGGUUAUCCUUCCCUCUCCCCCCGCCCUCCCUGCUGAGAGAUCUGCUGGGGGUGGGCCCAGAAAAGGGAGAGAAACAACCCAGAAACGAACCACCUCUACAGAUUAUGGAAAGAAAAUAUUUUUGUCGAUUCCUAUUCUUUUAUAAUUAUGUGUGUAAGAAGUAGACUCAUUAAAAGAUUCCAAAUGGA